AUGGCCGACCAAACGGAUCUCACGAAGGAGCUCACGCCUGAAGGCUUCACUCACCAUGCCGAGGACAUAACGGCAGACCGCGAGCCCUAUGGGCCUCCUGGCCUGCGUGGCUUGGUGCAGAAUCCCUUCGUGUUGCUGUGUGCGGCUUGCUCCACGCUUGGUGGACUUCUAUUCGGAUAUGAUCAAGGUGUUGUGUCUAUCAUUCUGGUCAUGGACCAGUUCCUAGAGACCUUUCCUCGCAUCGACAGCUCAAGCGGUGCAUUUUGGAAGGGUCUCUUGACGGCCAUGAUCGAACUGGGUGCAUUGCUGGGUGCUUUGAAUCAGGGCUGGAUCGCCGACAAAAUCUCUCGUCGCUACUCAAUUAUCGUCGCUGUAAUCAUCUUCACAAUUGGCUCGGUCCUACAGACUGCUGCUAUGAGACUAUCCCAUGUUGACUGUGGCGCGGCUGAUUGGUGGCGUGGGUAUCGGCCGAAGCCCUGCGUGAAACCGACUUGUUCUAACUCAUCUCGUUUCAAGGUCCCCCCCGAAUGCCGUGGUACCCUCUUGGUCAUGGAAGAAUGGUGCAUCGUUCUCGGCAUCGUCAUUGCCUAUUGGAUCACCUAUGGAACUCGUUAUAUGAUCGGGGAAUGGUCAUGGCGACUACCCUUCCUCUUGCAGAUGAUUCCUGGAUUCGUUCUUGUUGCUGGCGUGAUCUUCCUGCCAUUCUCACCUCGUUGGCUCGCAUCCAAAGGCCGCAACGAAGAGGCCUUGAAUAGCCUCGCUAAGCUUCGCAACUUGCCAGCCACGGACCGUCGUAUCCGCCAGGAAUAUCUGGACAUUAUGUCCGAAGUCAAGUUCCACCAGCGCAUGAAUGCGGAAAAGCACCCGAAUCUGCAGAGCGGUUCUAGCAAGGAUUCAUUCCUACUGGAGCUGGCUUCUUGGGCCGACUGCUUCAAGAAGGGAUGCUGGCGCCGGACUCAUGUCGGUGUCAUGCUGUCAUUUUUCCAACAGUUCGUCGGUAUCAAUGCUCUAAUUUACUACGCACCCACCCUCUUCGGCACAUUCGGCUUCGAUACCAAUAUGCAGCUCAUCAUGUCCGGAGUCCUCAACGUAUUGCAAUUGGUCGGUGUCACCACUAGUAUCUGGACUAUGGAUACACUGGGCCGACGCAAAUUGCUGAUGUACGGUGCCGUCAUGAUGGCAAUCUCGCAUAUUAUCAUCGCUGCAAUGGUCGGUAUCUACAGCGACGACUGGCCCAACCACAAGACCCAAGGAUGGGUCAGCGCUGCCUUCCUAUUAAUCUAUAUGAUUUCCUUCGGUGCAUCAUGGGGUCCCGUUCCUUGGGCAUUGCCUUCUGAGAUUUUUCCUUCUUCCCUGCGCGCCAAGGGCGUUGCCCUCUCUACCUGUUCGAACUGGUUUAACAACUUUAUCAUCGGACUUAUCACUCCACCUCUCGUCCAAGACACCGGCUACGGCGCGUACGUGUUCUUUGCGGUUUUCUGCAUCCUCGCGGGUAUCUGGACAUACUUUUUUGUACCGGAGACUAUGGGUCGCACACUCGAGCAGAUGGAUCAUGUUUUCAAAGAUAACUCGAAUGAGGCCGAGCGCGCGAUUCGUCGGGCCAUUGAGUCGGAGAUCAUCGGCGCUGAGCGCGAUGUCGUAUGA